AUGAAAAAUGAAAUCAAGCCAGAACAACAACAAGAAUUCAAUUCAGGAUCACCUUCAUUACCACCAUUACGAUCUAGAAUUCAUCAUAAUCACAAAAAACUAUUAGAAAUCAAUUCAACUUCAAAUUAUCAAACCAAUCAACACAAAACAUCCAGUACUACUUCAACUUCAACUUCAACAAGAUUAGAUUCACCUUACAUUUAUCCAACACCUUGGUCAAACUCAUCAAACCAAGAUCAAAAUAUAAUAUCACCAUCUUACUUUAAAUCAGAUCCUACUUCUUCUACAAACUAUACUAAAGGUUGGUUAGUCAAUCAUCAAUCUCAAAAAACAAAUUCAACUUUAUCAAAUCAUCAUUCCUUUUGGAAUUCAUUCGGUGGUGGUUUACAUCAACUCGAUUCAAAACAUGAAUCUAAGAUUCUUAUUUGUCUUACCAUCUUGGCUUUCUUGAUUAGAACUUGGGCAAUUUGGAGACCUUCUAGUGUAGUGUUUGAUGAAGUUCAUUUCGGUGGAUUCGCUUCAAAGUAUAUCAAGUCGAGAUUCUUUAUGGAUGUACAUCCACCACUUGGAAAACUUUUGAUCACUCUUGUUGCUUGGAUUAAUGGGUACAAGGGGAAUUUUAAUUUUAGAGAUAUAGGAAGUGAUUAUUUAACAGGAAAUGUACCAUAUGUUCAAAUGAGACUUUUACCAGCUAGUCUAGGAGCCUUGAUUGUGCCGAUCUCUUAUUUAACCAUGAGGAUGUUAACGCUCAAACCGAUGUCAUGUCUCUUAGGAUCCUUAAUGAUCAUUUUCGAAAACGGAUUGAUAGUUCAAUCUCGCUUCAUCUUACUUGAUUCACCCUUACUGUUCUUUACGACUUUGACAAUCUUCUUUCAUACGGGUUUUUGUUACGAAGAUUCCAAGAGAGGAGGGUUCACCAAACGAUGGUGGAUUUGGUUAUUGUUAACCGGUUUGAGUUUAGGAGCCGUAGCUUCGACGAAAUGGGUUGGAUUCUUUACGAUCGCUACGAUUGGAUUAGUUACGAUUCAACAGCUUUGGAAUUUGAUGGGAGAUCUAAGGGUGCCGAUCCCAUUACUUGCAAGAUAUUUUAUGGCUAGAGUGAUGGCUUUGGUGAUCGUUCCGAUUGGAUUUUAUUUGUUUAUCUUUCAAGUUCAUCUUUGGAUCUUAUCUGGAUCAGGUGAUGGAGAUCCGUUUAUGAGUUCAGAGUUUCAACAUACUCUUAGAGGUCAUCGAAUGAGUGAUACGUAUGCAGAUGUGAUGAUCGGAUCGAAUGUGACCAUUCGUCAUACCAACACUCAAGGAGGUUAUUUACAUUCUCAUUCACAGUAUUAUCCUACUGGUUCUAAACAACAACAGAUCACACUCUAUCCUCAUUCAGAUUCCAAUAAUCUUUGGACCAUCUUGGGUAGACUUUCGGAUGAAUCGUUGAUUGGAGAUCCCCAGCAGUCGAGAGAUCUAUCGUUUUAUAAUCAUCAGUCGGUCUUUGUGAAUCAUACUUCGAUCAUUAGACUUCAACAUACGCUUACGAAUAAGAAAUUACAUACUCAUGAUGUUAGAGCUCCGGUGACUGAUGUGGAUUAUCAAAACGAAGUUUCAUGUUAUGGGUUUCCAGGAUUUCCAGGUGAUGCAAAUGAUGAAUGGAUAGUAGAAAUAGUUAGUAAACAAUCAGAUUUGAAAGUAGACAAAUCAUCAGGCAAAAGGUUAAAAGCCUUAAGAACCAAGUUUCGAUUAAGACAUCCACUUCAGAAUUGUUAUUUGUUUUCACAUCGAGUGAAGUUACCUUUUUGGGCGUUUGAUCAACAAGAAGUGAGUUGUAAUAAGAAUCCAACUUUGGCUAAUUCACUUUGGUAUAUUGAAACUAAUGAACAUGAAAGAUGUAAAAAAGAUUCUAAAUCGGAAAAAGUGAAUUAUAGAAAACCCAAGUUUUUGGAAAGGUUUAUGGAAUUACAAAAAGUGAUGUGGCAAACUAAUCAAGCUUUAGUAGAUCAUCAUGCAUACGAUUCAAGACCGAAUGAUUGGCCAUUCCUAAAAAGAGGGAUCAAUUUUUGGGCAAAAGAUCAUUUACAAGUUUAUUUACUUGGGAAUCCUUUUGUUUGGUGGAUUAGUACGGGUUGUUUGAUUGGAUUUGGAGGGAUGAAAUUAGGGCUGGUCUUGAGGAGGAAAAGAGGGUAUCGAAAUGAUUUGAAUGAUGCCAAACUAUCUAAAUAUGAUGGGAUCGGAAGUUAUCUAACGAUCGGUUGGGCAACCCAUUACUUACCAUUCUACUUAAUGAACCGACAAUUAUUCCUACACCAUUACUUUCCAUCAUUAUAUUAUACAAUCUUAUUAAGUUCGAUGAGUUUUGAAAUCUUAACAUGUAAAUUAAAGUUAAUCGAUCGAUGGAAAGUGUUGGGUGUGUUGGUUUGUUUGGUGGUUUGGAAUUGGUGGAGGUUUUAUCCGAUCACGUAUGCUGGUAAAUGGACUAGAAAUGAGUGUGAAGCGUCUAGAUGGAUUCGAAGUUGGGAUUUUAGUUGUCAUGAGUUUUUGGAUUCGGUGAGUGCUUUUUAA